AUGGCGUAUCGCGAUCUGACGGGCCGCUUCCUGGAGCGACGAGCGAAUUUGCGCAAGCGCAACCUGCGCUUUCAAAUGCGGCCACGGCUGGACAAUUCACCGCUGCUCGGCGCGUUGUUUCUCUCGAAACAGAGAAGCAAGUCGCAGGCGAUGGAGAAGGCUCUACUUCAAGACGCUAAUGAAUUUCCGGAGGGAAAACACAGCGAUGUCCACAAGCCAGAGUGGACACGCUAUGCUGACAGCGCAGACGAAUCCAUUCGCCUCCUGCACGCUAAAUUGGAGUAUUUGCAGCUGCUACAUACUCGACGAUUGAUGAUCCGAUUCGAUGAUUCGGAGGUCCAGCAAGAGCACGAGAUAAUUUGCCUGACUGAGGAGAUCACAGCGUUGUUCCACAAGGCAGAUCGAUCACUGAAGAAAAUUACCAGCGCUUUUGUAGGGGGCGAGGCAAGUCCAUCACCAGCAGACCGUCUCGUUCGGUUGAAUACACAACGCGCAAUUGCAGGCCGACUGCAGCAAAUAUCGAUGCAGUUUCGAACGAGGCAGCGCGAGUAUCUUCAGCGACUGCAGCUGCAGAAGUUCGGGAGCGAGAUUUUUGACGUAGAUGCAAUGGAAAAAGGGGCAACAGGUGGAAGUUUUCGAUUCGGGAGUAAGGCCACCGCCUUGGCAAUGGAUCACACCGAAUACGAUAUACGGACUCGAGACAUCGAAAUUCAACGUAUAGCGAAGUCAGUCGCGACGCUGGCGACCAUGUUCAAGGAAGUAGCCGAAAUGGUGAUUGACCAAGGCACGCUCAUCGACCGGAUCGAUUACAACAUGGAGCAGGUAACAUAA